AUGGCGAGGAGUAAUUUGACCGGGGCUGGACCGCUCUGUGCAACGACAAACGUGACUGUCCAAGCUUCUCCAGGCAUUCCUAUCCCCGUCCCAGCCACCUUGCUUCAUGCAAGGCACGUUAGCCGCGAGCGUUGUUAUGAAGAAUGCUGGAAUGCGCGUGCUGCGCUUAAGAAACGAGUUGGCAACGAUCUUCGCGUUCUGCCUUCUUUGCACAACAUCAGAUUCUUCCAGUCACUACCGAUCACACCAGACUUGGAGGCACGAACAGAUAUGGGAGCUUUCGUGCGUGUUGCAGCCUUGUGCUGGGUUGCUGAGCUGGCUUUGGCGAAAGUGGUCACUGUCAGCGAAGGACUGUGCUCGACGAACUUGCCUGCGCCUACGUACGGAUGGGUUUCCACCAGCGGCACAACCAUCCCAUACACGUUUCCACCAACGUCUACACAGACUUCGUCGGCUAGCAUGUCGGCGAGCGUGCCUCAAGUGCCUUCGGACGAGCCUUCGAUCAGCGUGCCCGAAGUCUACCCUACAGCUUCGGAACCUUCGGUCGAGCCUUCGAUCAGCGUACCUGAAGUGUACCCUACAGCCUCGGAACCUCCGGUUUCGAUUUCAUCUGUCGUAGUCGUGCCAAUUCCAUCACCACCACCGUCUGAUUCUCCGCCCAUCAUCGACCCAAUCUACACAAGCACGUCUACAUCCAGCGUCCCACCGGUAGAGCUUCCAUCAGUCAUUCCAUCCAGCACAGAGAGCGCCGUCGAACCACCAAUCACCACUGCAGCUCCCGAACUCGAACCCGUACCAUCAGAGGAUCCCACCACCACAUCAACCACCAGCGAGUUCGUUUACAUCCCCGCCGUCUCCAGCAACCCACCCAUCGUCGCCCCACCCGCAGCGACCGGCGACGCCUGCGUCCAAACUGCACCAGAAGGAUCCACCAUCCAAUGCGACGCCGCCGACGGCCUGACCUACUGCUACCAAGGCAUCAACUACGGUCUCCAAUGCGGAGUCCAAUACGACCUCAUCCCCAUCAACGAAAUCUUCUUCACCUACACCGCUGAGGAAUGCCUUGACCAAUGCGUGGGCCGACCUGGGUGUGCAGGAGUUCAGUGGAACUUUGCCUUUAGCGAUUGCACGCUGUUCGAAGGUCUCUAUGGCGUGUCGGCGGAGCUCUCGCCUUAUAUAUGGUUCUUGUAUAAUAGGGAGUUUAUUGAGGAUACUUAUCUGCCGCAGCAGAUUUGUCCGUUCAAUGGGUGCACGGAGCAGCCGUUGAAGAGGGAGUUGGACGCGGGUGAGUCGUUGAUGAAGUGA